GUAAGAAACAAAAUUUCUAGUUUUACCUUUGCAUUCGCAUUGGAGUUGUCCCAGGUGACAAAAGACAGAGUCUACGCCAAAAACAAGCUUUUUUUUUUGGUUUUGAUAGCGAAAGCAAUUGUAGGAGAUAACCAAGAGAAGACGGAAUGUCCACACAGAAUGCAGAGAAUGAGGAAAAUCCAGCCUCAAAAUCUAAACGACCUUCAGAUUCAGCGUUUAAACAACAACGAUUGCCCGCCUGGCAGCCCGUUCUCACCGCCCGCACUGUUUUGCCCACUUUCUUUGUGAUUGGUGUUCUGUUUGUGCCAAUUGGCGUGGUUCUUCUUCAUUUCUCCGACACCUCAAAUGAGUUAAUCAUUGAUUACACUCGUUGCCUGCAGGUGGGAACGGAUCAGACCUGUGCCAGCUAUAUACAAAACAAUACAGGUGGACAGUGUGAUUGUAAAAUCAAUUUUACACUCACAACUGAUUUUAAAGGCGAUGUAUAUAUGUAUUAUGGCUUGACCAAUUACUACCAAAAUCAUCGUCGUUAUGUCAAAUCCCGCGAUGAUGAACAACUAUUGGGUCAAUUAUCAAAAACUCCCAGUUCGGACUGUUCACCAUUUGCAUACAACCCGGAAACCGGGAAACCCAUAGCUCCCUGUGGAGCCAUUGCCAAUUCGUUGUUCAAUGACACUCUAACCCUUAGCCAGGGCGAUAAUGAGAUUGAGUUAUUGAAUACUGGCAUUGCUUGGCCAUCAGAUAAACGAGUGAAAUUCCGUAAUCCCGCCAACUUAACCGAAUCCCUCAUAGGUUUCUCGAAACCCCUAUUCUGGAGCAUUGGUCUCAAUGAGUUGGAUCCAGCUAAUGUUGAGAACAAUGGUUUCCAAAACGAGGAUCUUAUUGUUUGGAUGCGAACAGCUGCUUUACCCAGCUUCCGGAAGCUAUAUCGUCGUCUCAAUCAGACAAACAAUAAAUAUACCAAUGGCCUGAAGGCCGGUAAUUAUACCCUGCAUAUUAAAUAUAAAUACCCGGUAAUAUCAUUUGAUGGCACCAAACGUAUGAUACUAUCAACCACCUCGGUUCUGGGUGGUAAAAAUCCAUUCCUAGGUAUUGCCUACAUUGUUGUUGGAGCCGUUUGUAUUACUUUGGGCCUGGCCCUGCUCUUCAUUCAUAUGCGUUGCAGUCGUAGCAGCAACAUGGAAAUGAUCAACGUGAAUCCGCAUACGCAGUAUUCCUAGGCUACUGCUAGCAAAAGUAUUCGUCUUUGAGUGAUGUGUGUCUCCUCCUGAACCUGCUGGCUUUUUAUUAAAUUAGCUUUUAUAGUGAUUAAGCAUAAAGUUUUCUUUGACUUUCUUUUUCUUGUGUUUGUUUGUUUGGUGUUUCUGUGUAUGUGUGUGUGUGCGAAUGAGUGUGUAUGCGUGUGUCUACUGUGCCUUGAGUUUUGUUAAACAAUUUUUGUAAAAUUCUUGCACAUCAAAAGCCAAAUUAAUCUUUUCACCACCACCACCCACCUUCUGUUAUAUAUAUAUAUAAAUAUAUAUAUAUAUCUCUUGUUUUUUUUUGCUUAUUGUGAUGCCUGAUAAUUUGUUAAACAUUUUUACUUAAUCAUUUCCUCUGCUUGUUUUCGGCAUACAUACAUAGUUAAAGUUUUACAACAAAAAACAGAAAAAAAUGUGUACCUAAAAUGGGGAAAUAUUUGCUAAACAAGUGCCCCUCUCCAUAUUAAAGAAAAAAAAAGAAAACCAAAAACAUUUUGUUAAACAUUCAAUUUCGUUCACAUAAUAAUAAAGAUAAUUCACAAUUUUGCACAAUUUAAAA